AUGGUACCGUGGCUCAAAGUGGCCGUCGGCUCUGCUCUCGCCCUCAAUUACUCCAUACCGCUGUUGGUGAUCGGCCGGACCAACACACUGCAUGACGAGCCGAUGGCACUGCUCGUGGCGAACCUGGCGCUCGGCGACCUACUGUUUGCACUGAAUCUGGUGCUGGUCGGUUGUCUGGACCUCGUUUUUAACCACGUCACGUAUGCAGCCUGCCAGUCCGUUCAGAUCGCUGCCGCCUGUUUCGGAAUCGCUCUGAAGAUGACGCAGAUGCUGGUCGCCCUCGACCAGUUCAUUGCCGUCGUCUAUCCGCUGCAUUACCGCGACAUCAUGGACCGCUGGAUUAAAUGGCUGCUUGUUCUGCCUUGGCUGGCUGUCCUGUUUACGGCUGUGGCGGGGGCCGCCUGUUCUGCCCUCCACCGGACCAAGACACUGCAUGACGAGCCGAUGGCACUGCUCGUGGCGAACCUGGCGCUCGGCGACCUACUGUUUGUCCUGAAUCUGCUGCUGAUUGGUAGCCUGGACCUCAUUUUUAACCACGUCCUGUAUGUCGUCUGCUAG